GUACAUGCGGCACUGCUCGCAGCCCAAGUGAUGUUCGGAGGCGGCUCCGUGGUUGGAAAGCUGGGUGUGGCAAGCUUCAACCCUUUACUUUUCGCUUUGAUCCGGGAGGCAGUCGCCGGACCCCUACUGCUGGCCAUGGCUUUGUGCCUGGAUGGGGCAUUGGUACCUCUUCGCAGCGACAUGGUGCUCUUCACAGGGAUGGGGAUCUGCAUCUUCACGAACCAAGCCUUCUUCAUCAUCGGCGACAAGCUGGCCGGCCCCGUCAUCAGCAGUGCCUGGCAGUGCAGUCAGCCCAUUUUCACGUUGUCGAUCAGCCUGGUGCUGGGCUGGGAGGGUGCUUCGCUUUUGAAAACGCUUGGCAUCGCUGUCUCCUUUCUAGGAGGCUUCUGCUGA